AUGUCCCACUUUCAGCCUUCGCCGUGUUUCAAUACUUUUUCUUCGUUUCUGCAGGAAAUCACAAACAUCGGCAGCAGCGGCAUAGACACGGAGAAUAAGGAGAACAUCCCACCGGGAUCUUUUGGUCGGUUGAAUGACGGUAAGGGAGGUUGCCGACGUAAUAGCAGUCAUACCUGCUUUCGUAAGCAGCAACAACACCAGGAACAGCAUCAGCAGCAACAGUUUCAUAAUAUUCCCCGAGUGAAUGAUUGUUGCACGCCUAUGAAAGAGGUUACAUAUCAGCAACAACAAUGCCAUACAGGACUAACACCAGGAAAUAAAUAUAUGAUGAACUCGGCAAACAGAGAUUACCCCGUAGGCAUGAAUGGAAUUGAUUUCCUGCUUUUAGAUGAGAGUGACGUCUUUGACGGAAGGGAUAACGGCUUCUUCACUCCAAAUGUGAAGCGUCAAGGGGGAGUAACGGGCAACCACGGAAAGGUCUCGGAACUGUUUCACGAAAGCAUGGAAGCACCUAGGCUAGCACGUAACCUAAAUGAUAGCAUAGAGGGGGUUCCGCUUGUUGGCAACGUGCUGCAAGAGAGUGAUGACGAGGAUUGCCUUGAUAGCUACCGCCCGACCGAAAUGUCCUCGACGCAAAUAUUUAAUCCACGGUUGCAGGGUCAAGAAUCUCGGCACUGCCCGCAAGAUCACUGCUCAUAUCAGAAGCAGGUACAUCAACAACCAAGUGAUCGAUCACAUUUACUCGGUUCUGCCUGGUGCGAAACCGCUCCGCGUCCGAAACCCCAACCUGAGCGCAAUCACACCGCCACGCGCGUUACUCACGGUACCACACCAUUGGUUGCAGUUGCUGGUAGGCGGGUACCUGUUGACAAACUACACCUUCUGCUUGGGGCUACCGCGCAGGAUGGAGUGGAUGGGCAGUCUGGUGCGCGAGAUGCUGUGAAUACUGUGCCCCUUGUUCCUUCUUCCCGUCCUACACCUUCUGCUGCUCAAACAUUUAAAGUUAUUCCACUUGCGCGUCCCUCGGAACCGUCAGUAUCGCCCUCACCGCUUGCAACAACGCCCCAGAAUACUGUUGCUGGACCCACAACACGUCGUCUUGCAUCGUCGUUAUUCCAUAAGGAAAUGGUUGUUAUUGAUUUCGGUAAAGGAAACAUCAUGCGGUUCAAACCUAACCCCGCUUUUCCACCUCCAGUACCGGGAAAGCGAUACCUUGUUGCGGUACGCGCUAGCCGUAGUCCAUACGAUAAUGUCGCAUAUAAGGAUGCCGGAUUGUGCUCUUAUGUGCUUCGUCACCCAGCAGAUGGUAGUGGAUCUAAUGGAACAAGUGCAACAGCAAACAUAACCAUUACCAAAUCAUCGGGCGAUGUGGAGCGCGGUAUUUUCGAUGGCAGCAUUAUUCGUUGUAUGGACACCCCGGGGGAUGCGGUGCAGCUUCAACUUCUUGCCGUAGAGCGUGAGGCCGCUAUUGUGGAAUGCCGAAAACACUUCAAAUUCCUCAACCUUCCGUUUGAGCUUGUGGACGUGCACUACACGUUCGAUAGGACGAUUUGUGUUGUGUAUUACAACAUACAUCGCCAGGAGGGGACAAGCGGUCACCCCAACGUGUCUCGUCUCGUGAGGACGCUUCAAUUCAGACUCAAAUGCAAAGUACAUUUAAAGGCGGACUUUUGCAGCGACUAA